UCAUUCAUAAGUGAGGUUCCGUAGUUGCCAGGGUCUGGAAACCUCUCGUCGGAACCCUAGUCUCUGGUCGCUGGCACCCACCGCGCAGGAACCCGCGCACUGUCCUAUCAUUUAUCCCAGUUGUUAUCGCUUCUCUACAGUGGUCGAACGCUUCGAAACUCGACGUUGUUUUGUUUUGUCGUGCUCAAUGUUUUAAGUGACCGAAGUCAUGAGCGGGAGGUGGCUAUGGACAAUAGCCGCAUGGGCUGUGGUGUGCGUAAGUGCCGACCGUGGAGGUUCUUCUCUGCGGGGCGCACUUGAAGCUUUGCAGCGACGGCAACGAGGUCGCAUGCACGGACCUCUUGCACCUUUACCUGAUUACGAUACUCCUAUCUAUGAAUUCGUACCGCCUCAAGGAUAUCCAGAUUCAGACUACGGCGUAGAUGUUGAGGAUAUUGAAGAUGAAUCUAAUCCGAAAUAUAUUAUCAAACUUUUAGACGAUAAUGACAGACCUCCUGAAACUUAUGAAUACAAAUUAAUCAAAAAGAAAAACUUGCAUCCAGAGAGUAUUAAGAAGGAAUCCGCUUUCCGCGAGAGAAGUCAUCAUUCAGAUAACGAAAGACUUCGAGAUUUGUUUAUGGAUAAAAAUGAAAUUGAAGAAAAAAAAGAGGCACAAGAAAAAUCCGAAAAUGAUGCCGAAUAUGCAUUAUUAUUAGGGCAACUUUGGUCAAAAUAUAAAUACAAUAAAGAACAUUCCAACAAUGCUGAGUCUGCUCCACAAGGAGUAGUUAAGUUGUAUAAAGAAAAAAUUGUGAAGAAACGAUAUCCAGAAAAUUGGGGACCGAUAGCAUUCAAGAGAAAGCGAAGUUCAGACUCUGAUGUUAAUCGCCCAAUUUCACCUGAUUUUAAUAUUGAUAGAAAUCAUGCUGAUAUUUCGACAGAUCCUAAUUACAAUAGUUAUGAGUUAACGGAUGAUGAUAAAGAUGAUCUAAGAGAAGAAUAUGCAAUAGCAUUCCAACCGUUGGAUGAUGAUACUCUAUCUGAUUUGGCUGAUGAGGAUCAGUAUUCUUACGAUUCAAUUGAAAAACGAUUUCCUGUAACAAAACGUAGUAGUGGUUCUGAUAGUUAUAAAGUACCCAAAAAAAGAUUUGUUCCAAAUAAGAAAAAAACAUUCAGAAGUAGUUCUGGCACUGAUCCAAGAAUUAUAAAAGAUUUAUCAAGAAUAUUUGGGGAGUCUGAAUCGGAUGUUAUAAAAAAUCCCGUUAAACGUAGUAGUGAACACGAGCAAAGUUCACAUGAUGUUAAACCACCAAUACUAACUUCACCAAAUGGAAACUCUACCCAUGAGCAUCACAAUAUUACCGAACAUGAUGAUAAUAGUCAUGAACAUCAUGGGCAUAAUAUACAUCAUCCUGGGAUGACGGGCAAAGAAGAAGAAAACUCGGAUCACCAUAAUCAGGAUGAGAAAGAAAAACCAAUAAAUAUUAAAAAGAAAUCUAUCGACUGGUCAGACUACUUUGGAAUAGAUAAACGUAAUAAGAAUUCAGUACCUUUUGUCAAUGGCUUAACUCAAGAUAGAUUGAGAAAACAAUACUUUGAUACCUUUAACAAAGAAGUUAUUUAUCCUACAAAUACUUUUAGAAAACAUAAUAACGUUAAAAGAAAUUACGUGCAAUCAAAUCCAAAUGAGGAAGCUGACCUUCAAAUAGAUAAUUCACAAGCUAUUGCAGUUCGUGACGAUAACAAAAGGAAUACAGUUUCUGAUAGUGAUGCAAAAUUAGAUAAUAUUGAUAGAAAAUUAAAGACAAUGGAAGGUCUUAUUGUUGACGAAGCGUUACAUUAUUCGAAUGUGGGUGAAGAACUUGACUCAAAGGAAGAACAAGAAAUGAAAGAAAAACUAUUAUCACGCCUUGCAGCUGCUUAUAGUUUGGAAAAAAUGAGAAAAGCCCUAAAAGAAUUUAAACAAAGCUUGCAAACUCAAAAGCCGGAAAGUGUUUUGGCAUCUUCUCCAGUUCCUGUCGAUGAGAUAAAAUCGAAAAGGGUAGCUGUGAAAAAGGAAAAAGUGGAUAUUAAAAGUAACGAAAUACCAUCAUUUAAUAAAGGAGAGGACUCAAAUGAUGAUUUUGAAAGUGAACAAGGGGCUGGUCAUUAUUUAAAUGGUAAAAUGGAAGAACAAUUUUCUGAAGGAUACAUGGGUGGUAGUGGCAGACAUCGAACUCCUGCAAUUUCUACAGUGGGUGCUGCUGGCUCUUGUCCUGUUCUUGCAAAGAUAAUACAACGCUGCCGUGGAGUGGAUUUACUGGCUGGUGAUCGCGGACAGCUAUUUCUACCUUUGUGUAGCUUACAUCAAAUUUGUUACCUAUGCGGAGAGGCGCCACCGACAACUUGCGACUUAGUCUUUCUAUCGGAAGCUGAUACCACAUGUGAGGGCGAUAUGGGUUGCCAGAGAGCAGCACGAUCAGCUCUUAUGGCAUUACGAGAAUUACAUGACAGCUUAGCUGAUGAAUUAGACGGAGAAUGUGAAGCGAGCCCCUGUCUACCAGCCACAUUGAAGCUAAACGUUGGUUGGCAACGCGCCCUCCAACGAUAUCAUAUUUCUGAUACGAAAAGAAUAAAUUGUGAAAUGGAUAUAAAUUCAACGAGACAAAGAGUAUCCAGUCUCGGUGUUGAUAAUCUGGCAGCUACACAAGACAAUGGCUCCACAUUAAAACCAGAAUUAGUUAUAAAUAUUCAACCUCAAGCAAGUGGCAACACACGUGCAGCACUGCCGGUAUCUACUUUGGACUGGAGCACCAGCAACACUCGGGGACAGUUCAUUCCUGUACACGGCCUUGACUUCCUUAUCGGAGUUUCUAGCUUGCUUAUCCAACAAACUGUUGAACUGGAUGAUUUAACUUCUAAAAUCGAAUCGGAAAACCGUUACAUUGUAAGGGUGCCUCACGGAGAAGCUUUGUACAUAGCGAGCGAGACGUCCCCAAAAUCAAUGAGAUGUCUGUGCGGUCCUGGGAGGCCCUUCGUGAUGCAUCUCCAUGAUAAUACGAGACAGGAAGCUCUGGUGCUUCACCGGAGACUAGCGGCUGCUUCUUGCUGCUUUCCAUGCAGAUUGCAGGAAAUGAAAGUGAUAACCCCGCCCGGGGACUACGUGGGUCGAGUGCAGCAACAGUGCAGUUGGAUGCCGCUGUACAAGGUACGAGACAUCCACGACGACGUGCUGUUCGUGAUCGAAGGCCCCGCCGCACUGACGAGGAGCGCGCUCAUGCUUACGGAAUUCAAGAUUAUGUCAGCUGACUCUCUUCGGGAAGUGGGCAAAAUAGCCCACGGAUGGGACCGAGCAUUGAAUAGUUUCGUAACUACCCUGCAGAUUCCCAACACGACUGUGCAACCUAAACAUAAAGCGCUACUAUUGGGAGCCAUAUUUCUUUUGGAAUAUACAUACUUUAUGAAAUCGAAGUCCAGUUGUUUACGGUUUAACUGCUGCUGAGUUUAUUGUUUAUUAUAAUAUUAAGACUUUUAAUGUUGUUACAUUGUAUUAUAUAAUUAAAUUAUAUGUCUCGUUGAUUUAACAA